UUGUACUCGGAAAUGACGUCACGACACCGUCGUCCUUUCCAGAGAAAAAAAUGGCUGCUGUUGACAUCGACGUGCCGGUGGAUGCCGAGUCUCAGCUUCACAAUGCCGGCGACCUGGAACGUCAGGCCGAAGGCUUCAAAGAGCAGGGCAAUGCGUUCUACAGCAAGAAAGACUACUCGGAGGCCUUCAAUUACUACACCAAGGCCAUCGAUGCAUGUCCCAAAAACGCCAGCUAUUACGGCAACAGGGCGGCCACCCUCAUGAUGCUCUGCCGCUUCCGGGAAGCCCUGGAAGAUUCCCAGCAGGCCGUGCGCCUGGACGACUGUUUCAUGAAGGGUCAUUUACGCGAGGGCAAGUGCCACCUGUCUCUGGGGAAUGCCAUGGCUGCCGCCCGCUGCUUCCAGAAGGUUCUGGAUCUGGAACCCAGCAACCGAGAGGCUCAGCAAGAGAACAAGAAUGCCGAAACUCUGCUGGAGUUUGAGCGACUGGCGGAUUUUGGCUUUGAAAAGCGAGACUUCAGAAAGGUGGUGUAUUGCAUGGACCGGGCCCUGGCCUUGGCCUCUGCCUGCCAUCGCUUCAAAAUCCUCAAGGCCGAAUGUUUGGCUCUCUUAGGACGCUACCCCGAAGCUCAGUCUGUCGCCAGCGAUAUCUUGAGAAUGGACUCCACAAACGCGGAUGCGCUCUACGUGCGAGGAUUGUGUCUUUACUACGAGGACUGCAUCGAUAAGGCCGUGCAGUUCUUCGUGCAGGCGCUGCGCAUGGCGCCGGACCACGAAAAGGCCCGGCUUGCCUGCAGAAAUGCCAAAGCCUUAAAAGCCAAGAAGGAGGAAGGAAAUCUGACCUUUAAGAACAACAGCUACGAAGCCGCCUAUCAGCUGUAUAGCGAAGCCCUCAGGAUAGACCCCAACAACAUCAAGACCAACGCCAAACUCUACUGCAACAGAGCCGCAGCAGGAGCCAAGAUGAAUAAACCCGAUCAGGCCAUUGAAGACUGCACCAGCGCCAUCAAGCUGGAUGACACGUACAUCAAGGCCUACUUGAGAAGAGCACAGUGUUUCAUGAACACAGAGCAGUACGAAGAGGCUGUCCGAGACUACGAGAAAGUGUAUCAGUCCGAAAAAACGUCCGACCACAAGCAUCUGCUGAAGACGGCCAAGCUGGAGCUGAAGAAGAGCAAGAGGAAAGAUUACUACAAGGUGCUGGGUGUCGGCAAGAACGCCACCGACGACGAGAUCAAAAAAGCCUACCGCAAACGUGCCCUGUUGCACCACCCGGACCGCCACAGUGCAGCCACCCCGGAGGUGCAAAAGGAAGAGGAGAAGAAAUUCAAGGAAGUGGGCGAGGCCUUCACCGUUCUCUCCGACCCCAAAAAGAAGACCCGAUACGACAACGGGCACGACCUGGGUGACGACGGCACCUUCGACGGCGGAGAUGUCGAUGCCAACAACAUUUUCAGGGCUUUCUUCGGCGGCCAUGCUGGAGGAUUUACUUUUGAUUCCAGUGCAGAUUCUGGACCUGGGAAUAUGUUCUUCCAGUUUGGCUAAAGACAUAAGGGAGCACAGGAUUUCAAAACACAGCUCUUCAGUGUACAGCCUCGAGAUGGAUCCACAGUCACUUGAAAACUCUCCCGCUGUUCUCAAAACACCUCAUUUUUACGUUGUUGUGCUCGAUAACAUGAAAUGGAAACAUUGUGUUUAGUUUUAGAUGUUACGUUUUUUUUUUUUUUUUGUUUUGUUUUGUUUUUUAUGGGUGUGCCAGUGAAAUGAGCUGUCACUACCAGACCUCGGUAGAUCCUAACAAAAGGUCUCGUGCAAAUCUAUUCAGGCUUCUUCCUCUCCUCCAUCAUCAUGCUGCAAUGUAUAUUUCGCCUGAAUGUAAAGUCCAUAAAUAUUUCUUUUCUCUCCCUAUGUCCUUCUUGUGGCCUGUUUAUAUUUACCGUUCUUCAUUAACCACUUGAGUUUGGAUUGGAUCUGUCCAAGUAUUUUCAGGCAAGAGUUGGGGGCUCCUCUUCAGUUCGUCAUUUGACAGUGACCCAAGAACUCACUUAUUUGGAAUGGCUCCCUACCAGAAGGAAGUGAUGCGACCAGGUUACUCAACAGCCGGUUACAAGUGAGGGGGACUGUCUUGGUGUCUUCUGCUCCAAGGUCGUACUAAAUCUAUGGGGGGAAAAUAGACCAUGAUCAAAUAUCCUAGAUGACACGCAUAGCAGGAAAACGAAAAGUACCACUUUUUUUUUGUUCCACCAGUUCAAAGGCCCACUCAUACCGUGAGUGGAAAAAGUCCCAAUUCCGUUGGCGCUUUGAAUCUUUUAUUUUUUUGCAUGCUAUCAAGGUUCAUGUUGUUCUGAUAAAUAAAAACUCAUCGUUUAUUGUCA